CCUGACUGGGCCGAACACUAAGAGAAAGUCAGAGAUUGAAGGUGUGCUGGAAAACUAAUCAAACAACACGAUAUGGAAACCAUAAGUGAGAUCAUCCCAUUUGCUAAGGAGAUGCUAAACCAGAGGCCCAGCCGGGGCAUGCUGAAGAUCUACAUGCUCGGCUCCACUCUGGCGAUGCUUGGAGUGGUUGGUGGACUGGUGGAAACAAUUCUCAUGCCAUUCAUACAGCAGGAUGCUGUUGAGGAUACACCAGAAGGGCUGAUCAUGGAGAAGAAGCAGGUGUUGAAGUCACACACUACCUUGGCUGACCCUGAAGUUGUAGAAGUGCAGGAAACAGUGGUGAUCGAGGCCAAAACCAAACAUCUGGUGACUGCUAGGAGGAGAAGCUCAGCCAACCGCUUGUUCGCUUCUUAAAGAAACCCUCCCCUCCUGAUGUAUAUGGACAUGACACUUGAAAUGUAGAUGGUAAUGGUGGUAAAUUAAAUCACCAUGUUGAACUGGUUACUUUGUACUCAUUUUAUUUCAGAUUUGGUUAAAAACUGUUGACUGGCAAAAACUGCAGGGUACAGUAAUGUCUGGCUGCUGGGCAGCAGAAGUGACUACAUUCAGUACGAGUGAGUCAAUAUGUGACUUGAUGAAUGUGUUGGGAAAAAAACUGAAUGUUGAAUGAUUUAUUUUGCACUCAAAUAAAGCUAUUUUUCAGCUA